AUGUCUGAGUCCAGAUUCAAAGAUAUUAACCAGUAUGGUGAAGAAGGACAGAAAAACAUUGUGCUUAUUUAUUUUUUCACUACAACAGGUUGUACCACUGUCCAGUUUGCUCCCUCUUUCUACAACGUUCUUCCCAAACUGUCCAAAUCUCCUGCUGAGGCCAAAACCACUGAAAAGACCCCUCAAAGUGAACCGGCUCAAUCCACAGCUGCUGCCUAUCCCAAUUCAAGUGCCUCCUUUGUUACAACCCCUAAACAUACAGCCCAGAAGAAGAGAAGGCGGAAAAGUCGCUGGUCCUCCGGCUUUAUAGCAAAGAGAAGAUCGUCCUGCUCUCCUCACACAUCCAGAGACGAUGCACACUUAGAGUCUGAGGAGGAAGAUGGAGACGACGAUGAGGAGGAGGAGGAGGUUGAGAAGAGAGGAGCAGCUGAGUGUGAGAAAAUGACUGAAGGAGACGAGAAUCCCAUGAUGGUGGAUGGAGAGUCAGGGCCUGCACCAGCCCAGGAAGGUAGUUUAGAGCCUACUGAGAAUGAGCAGGACAGUCAGCAGGGAAGGGAGGAGAAGAGUCCGGCUGCUGAGGAUAAGGUUAUCCUGUGUGGAUCAGGGAAACCAGAAGAUGACGACCAGAUUGAAAAAGAAAGUGUGGAUAAAGAUCAAUCAGGACAGUCUGAGGAAAUCAAAGUCUUAAAGGGAGAAAAUCAGACCAGUGAAAGCAUUAUAGUCGACACUAACAAGGACAGCCACACUGUGACAGAAGGAGAUACCCAGGGGCCAUCCAACACAGAGGAGGGGGCUGAAACUAAAGGCCAAGAGCUAACCGAAACAAGGACUGAAAAAUGUCGAGCUGUAACACAGACAGACGACAGUAACAAGGUAGUUACUGUAGUGGAGGCAGAGCAGAACAGCCCGGCUGAACCAAUGGAGGAAGCAGCAAAUACCUCAACCACAGACGUCUCUGCAGCUCACAGAGGAGAGGAGGACACAGACAAAGAACGGAGCGUAAGGCCUGUAACACCGGCUCUUAAGAACGCUGUGCUGCAGCAGCAGCAGAAAGUCGAUGUGAACAAAGCCCUGCAGAUCCUUGAACAGGAAACUCCUCCUUUGGUGGUGGACAGAGACGGAUUAAAGGAGCUGUUGGAGAGAGUAGUGACCAAGACUGAAAGCUACGAGGUCUACAAGCUGGAGAAACUCUAUGCUCUGCUCUGCCAAAGCAUCUACAGACACAGACGCGACUACAACAAAACGUUACUAAUACAGGAGUUGGAACGAGAGAUUGCAGGCUUCUGUUGACUUCUCUACAGGAAGAAUACGACCUCUUUAUUUAAAUAAUCACACACAUCACCCUCUUAGCUAUGUAAAUAUACAUAGGUUCUAUUUUCAUAGAAUUAUGCAAGCACUUAUAUUUGUGCAUUAGCUUGGUACUACGUUUUUUAAAUAUUUUAUUUAAUGUUUUCUCCAGAUGUUGUAGUUUGUCUUUUUACUUAUUGUCCCCAAAUCCUAAUCCACCUGGCCAUUAUGGUGUGUAAGGCAAUAUGAUUGUUUUCUGGAAACAACUCUUGAGUUGUCUUGUUCACAGGGACCACACAGUUUUACCAUUUUAUAAAUGGAGGGUUAAACCAAAGAUACUAAUUAUUCGCAUGAUGUGAAGUGUAGGAUUUUUUUUUAAGCUUAAAAAACUAAACAAAAAUACUAAAUUGUUCCAGACUAUUGUAAAAUAAAUCUCACUAACUACUGACUAAUAAACAAGUUGUCUAUUUGUGUAUAAAUCCCAGUAUUUUUCA